UCAACUCUCCAUAGAUCUCCCUUGGGAAAUUGAAUUCUUGUCUCAGGAUGAAUUAUAGAUCUUACCUCCAAGUGUACCUAUGGCACAAAGCAUGAGAAGUCGCAUCGUUCGCGUCUCCGACCCCAUUCCACUCAUCUUCGCGAAGAUUGACAGCUUCGAAUGUCUGCAAGUGUAAUUGAAGUCAACCCUAACCCUAGCUCGGUAAGACAAUGCUCCAGGCUUCAAAACCCACGGGCCAGUUUGAUGCUGAACCGGUAAUGCUGGGGUUUAGGGCUCAGCUGAGCUAGGGAGCAUGCGCUGAGGCCUCUCGGAUUCUGUCACAGUAAGACGUUUAAAAGAGCACGGUUCUUAUAAAUAAGCUACCUCAAAGCACAGAUUGCUGAGGAACGUGCGCCUGCCUUUGACUGGGGCAGAUGGCUAAGCAUCCCCGUGCAGCAUUGGCUUCCAAGCCCAAAAACACAGUGCUCACAAGGAAAUUCCGGACCUUUUUGAGGUGGAUGCGCGAAAAUGGAAUUGAAUAUAGCGACGGCCUGGAGUUUGUACUAGGAGGAAGUGGGUCUGUUGCAGACAUAGGAGUGAGAGCUCUUUUCGACAUGGAAGAGAAUGAUUUGAUCGCUACGAUCCCAAAACAGGCGUGUCUCACCGUACAGACCACGGCAGCAUCUGAAAUAUUGGAACAGGUCGAAAUUGGAGGAGGAUUGGGUCUUGCUGUUGCGCUCAUGUACGAGAUGAGUCUUCAAGAGCGAUCCAAAUGGUAUGGUUACUUGCAGCUGCUGCCAAACGAACAAAAGCUGCCGUUCCUAUGGUCGUCAGAGGAAGUUGACGAGCUUCUUGUUGGGACCGAGCUGCAUAAGGCAGGUGAUCAAAGAGGACAGGUUGCUUAUUGAAGAGGAUUGGAUGGAGUCCAUUGUUCCUUUAACAGAGAGCAAUCCUGCGGAAUUUCCGGCGGAAUGGUUCACUCUUGACCGCUUUCUUGCUGCCAAGGCUCUCGUGUCGUCCCGGGCAUUUGAGGUGGAUGAAUACCACGGUUAUGGCAUGGUUCCUCUGGCUGACUUAUUUAAUCACAAGACGGCAGAUGAGGAUGUCCAUUUCACUUCAGUCGACAGCGAUAUGGAAUCAGAAGCUGAUGAUGCGGAAUCAGAGGUUGAGGAACUCCCGCAUGUGGAAUCUCUUCAGAAAGGAAAGAUGCAGGCACAAGGAACGAACUUGGAGGCUAGGAAGUCGACAGAGAGGAAGGGGUCCAGAUAUCUUGAUAUAGAAGGCCGCCAACUUGAUGUUGAUAUGAAACAGGAAGGCUCAGUGAAAACUCGACGAAGUAGUCGAAGAAUAAAUAGAAGUCUCGAGGAAAACGAUCAAACUCUUUUGGUCCACGAAGCAGACGAAUCCACCACAUUAGAGGUUGGUCGUAAGCGCAGAAAGAAGCAAGCUCAGAUUGUGAAGGAUGAGGCAGACAUUGGAACUGUAGAGAAACCUUUGCGAAAGGCCAACAGGAAAGGCAAGGAUCCCCAUAGUACAGUGGAGGAGUAUGAGUCAACAAUUGAUGCCAAGGAUAUAAAAAUAGUUGAGGCGGGUGAUAGAAGGAGGGGAACUCACCGGAAAAAGAUGGAUUUAGAGGUUCAAGAGGCAUCUGAGGCUCAGCAGAUUGCGAGGAAAAGAGACAAGAAGACAAAGGUUGAAGAGAAACAUGUCAAGUCGGAAUCUGACUGCAAAGUUUCUCAGAACAGUAGAAGUAGAUCUAAGUUAAAGCACGUGAAUGUGCACCAAAACGAUGUGCAUAGUGAAGAGAAUUAUUCAAUUAAACGCCAAGAGAUCGAAGAGGAAAGGUCGGGGAAAAAGAAGAAAACAAAAGCUGGGACUGAAGUGGUGAACGAAGUUGAAGUUUCUAGUGAAGUAUCAUCUCAAGCGUGGGAGGGUACAAGCGAACUUCUGGAGAUGAUUCUUGUCAAAGAUGUCGCAGGAGGCUCUGAGGUAUUCAACACCUAUGGCACUUUAAGCAACGCCGGUCUGCUGCAUAGAUAUGGCUUUACGGAACUCAACAAUCCUUUCGACAUUGUCAAUAUCGACCUCUCCUUUGUGGUUGAUAGUUUAAAGAAGGCUUUCACUUCGCGCCACAUAAGGAGACGUUUGACGAAUUGGAGGAAGGUGGGCUGCGCUCCUCUCGUGUCACAAGAUGAUGAGUACUUCGAAAUAACAGCCACAGGCAGACCUCAAGAAGAAUUUAUUAUGCUGCUCUACAUGGUGCACCUCUCGGAGGAUGCUUUUGAAACUCUUUCAAAUGCAUCAGCUGGUUGUGAUAGCGUCAAUUGGGUUGAAAGUGCUUCAAUUGCUGCAGCAUGUUUUGAUAGUGAUAAUUGGAUUGAAGCCACAGCGAAGAUUCUAGAAUGCCGAGGCCCUUCAAAAGACCUCCCUGUAGCCAAGAGGAAUAAAAAAGCUAAACAAGGUCGUAAGCAAGAGCUAGUAAACAAGGUCAAGCAGGAAGUAGACUCGGAAGCUCGGCUUCUAUCAACUUCGGUCUGUAACACUAUGCUAGAAGCUCUGCGAUCACGAGAUGGUCUUUAUCCUAGUGACUCAAUAGAGGAUGAUGAAAUUAUACUGAGUGAAUCAGAUAGUUCACAGGAACCUCAAAAGUUUCACGCUUUGAGGCUUCGAAUCAGUGAAAGGUCUAUUUUGAAACUGUGUGAAAGUAAUGUAUUAAAGCAGUUAAAUUUGUUGAAGCAAUCUAACAUCUGAAGAUUUUGA